AUGAAGGGAGUCGGCUGGCUUACGAAGCCUUUCCUCACCUCCCUCCUCCUGGGAAUUGGAGGUUUCCUCUACGGAUACGACUCCGGUAUCAUCACACCCAGUUUGGCUCUCAAGUCCUUCCUGGGCUACUUCGGAAAUCCCGAUCCACCGCUUCGAGGUGCCAUUGUCUCCGUCUAUCAGGCAGGAGCAUGGCUUGGUAGCGCUUCGGUUGGCUAUACUAGCGAUAAGUUCGGUCGUCGGAAAGCCAUCGCCUUUGGAUGCAUCUUUGGAGUCAUUGGUGGCGCGUUGAUGGCGGGUGCUGCCCACGUUGCUAUGCUUAUUAUUGGUCGUCUCUUGAUCGGAUAUGCUGUCGGCACUAUUACUGGCGUCGCGCCUGUUUUUGGCGCUGAGAUUGCGAAGACCGAGGAGCGAGGUAGGAUUACUGCCGUAAACCAAAUGAUGGUUGCCUGGGGAUUCUUCGUCGCUCUUUGGACUGGCGUUGGAGAGGGCAAAUGGCACAAUUCCAACCAAUGGCGGCUGGGAUUCGCCAUUCAGGGCAUACCGGCCCUCAUCCUAGGCGUUUCGGUUCUCUUCAUCGGCGAGUCCCCCCGAUGGCUCCUGCUCAAGGGUCGUCACGAGGAGGCCGAAAAGGCCUUCCGUCGCUAUCACUACAACGGCCAGAACGACGAGUGGUGUGCUGCCGAGUUUUCCCUCAUCCAGGCCAACAUCGCCGAAGAAAUCCAGGCCCAGGGCCGUCUCGGCUGGGCUGACCUCCUCAAGACUCCCCCGUUCCGAAAGCGACUCUUUGUCGGUUCCUUUGUCUGGGCUGCCGCCAUGUUGUCGGGUAUUUCUUUCGUGCAAUACUAUCAGACGGCUAUCUACGCGACUCUCCAGUACGGCCAGGACAAGCAGCUCCUGAUCAGCGGUCUCUACGGCUCCGUUGCCCCCGUCGCGUGUUUCAUCUCGCUCUUCUUCGUCGACAAGAUUGGCCGUAAGAAGAUUCUUGUCACCAGCUCCGGUCUUCUCUGCAUUAGCUACACCAUCAUCACCAUCCUCGCUGCCGUAUUCCCCGCACGUCCCGGAUUCCCCACAAACGAGGCGGCCCAGCGUGGUCUUAUUGCCUGCAUCUUUGCCGUGUCUGCGAACUACUCGGCUCUCUUGGGUCCCAUGACCUGGAUUGUCCCUCCCGAGGUGUUCACCACCGAGUUGCGAGCCAAAGCCAACGCCGUUGUCCAAGUCAUUCACUACUCUAUCAGCUUGGUCAUCACCCAGUGCUCUCCCAUCGCCCUCGCCGCAGUCGGCUGGAAGUACUAUAUCCUCUUCAUCCUCACCAACUUCCUCUGCACGAUCGUGUUUGCUUUCGCGUACCCCGAGACUAAGGGCAAGUCCCUCGAGGAGAUCGCAGACAUCUUUGGCGAUGUCCAGGUUAUCCAUGAGGCGGACGUCCAGGGAGAAAAAGCUGCCGUCGUGACUUUGGAGAGGCGAAGCACCAAGGCUAGCAAUUGA